AGUGGCAGGUCAAACCGGAAAUACCGCACAACAUUUACUUUCAAAACAGAAGGAAACCACGACAUAAUCAGCGCAUGUCACAGAUUCGAGCUGGCCUGUGUGUCGCCCUGUUCAUGUCCGAGUUAAAAUGAGGGAAGGAGGUGUUCGGUACACGAAGCUGGCCACAGAUAUUCAGGAUGACGUAGAAACGGACCGCGCCUGCGAGGACAGCGAUGAGGACCACGUGACCGUCCACUUCCAGCUGCCUGUGAAUAGACUGCAGGGAAACACAGGAAACAGCCUCACGUGUUUCCGGGUGUCAGUGGCUCUGGUUCUGCUUGGUAUCGUCUUGGUGUUUGCGCUUCUUCAGUGGCAUGAGUGGUGGCCUGAUCCUGAAGGAUUUCACAAUGCAGGAACCAACAUCGUGAAUAUUUCAAAGGAACAUGACGAACAUCACCACCACUCCACUAUGGUUGAUGAUGAUGAACAUGAACAUGGAGAAGAUCCCCACCACCACCAUGAGCACACUGCUCUGUACCACCAUGCUGCUGUUCUGACAUCCUCAGCUAACUGUUCCAGCAUCGGUAAGGCACUUCUUCAGGAGGGAGGGAAUGUCGUAGAUGCAGCUAUCGCUUCUCUGCUCUGCUUGGGAGUUGUUCACCCCCACACAGCUGGAGUAGGUGGUAUAUUCUCAGCCAUUCUGUACAACACCACAUCAGGCUCACUGAAGACAGUACGUUCCAACGCACCCCAAAUGGCAUCAACUUCUUUUGGAGUCCCGACUAUUCUCCAAGGGAUCCGAGAACUCCACUCUCAGUGGGGACGAUCUGAAUGGAGCCGACUUUUCAAAGAAGCCAUAACGUUAGCGCAGGAAGGGUUCCUCAUAGACGAUGUCCUCGGCAGGGCAUUGGAAAGCCAUAAGGAGGAAAUACUCCUUUCCAAGCUGUGCGAUCUGUUCUGUGAUGCGACCGGCCGCAUUAAAUCGGUUGGAGCGAUGGUCAAAAAUCAGAAUCUGUCAAAGAUUUUGCAGAGCGCCAGCCUGAAUGAGAACAAUUUCCUAGAAACGCUGGCCGUGAAAUUGUCCGAAGACCUCUCUGUGAGCGAGAGGCCAGCCUUCUUAGCCGCCAUUCAGCACAGCCGUGGAGAAAUCAAUGACUCUGUUCUCAUCGAAAGAGAGAAAUAUUCUGUCCUUUCAGCCAGUUUGCCUUUCUCAGGCCAGAUGCUAUCUGAUAUAUUAGAGCAAGUCAGGCUGCAAAAGCUUUCCUUUCGGAAUGGUGCAGAUUUUAACAGGACCUCAGCCGCCUACGGUGCUCUCUUAAACUCGAUUCACCAACACAAUGAUUCAGCCCUUUCUGAGAAGUAUCCAGGCUUCAUAGACACAUUUUCUCUUAAUACUCAAAACAGUCAUAUUGCUGUGCUGGAUAAAUAUGGUAAUUUUGUCAUUAUGACCGCUUCACUCAACAGCACAUGGGGGUCCGGGCGGUUUUUGCCAUCCAGUGGUAUUCUCCUUAACAGCUUUAACGCAAACAUUUCAAAUUUGCCUUAUUUCAACGUUCCACUGGUUCUAAGACUCCGUGAAGACGAUGCCUCUCAUAAUGAGAAUACAGAAGCCAGUGAAGAAGAAAAUGAAGUAGAAGUCGUUGCCGUUACUGGAGGGCUUUCAGCUUUAUUUAACGCUGCUGUUCUUUUGCACAACAGGAUUGACUUAGGAUUGUCUUCUAAAGAAGCUAUUAGUAGCCCUGUCCUCCAUCUAGAGCCGGGAAUGUCUUCGACUUUUUGUAUCUCUGCCACUUUAAAUGAGACAGACUUCUAUAUGCUGUUCCCUGACGUAGGACGUGAGCUCCAGCUUGUGAAUGACUGCUCAGAUCAUUCUCUAUCCAUGCUACUGCGGUUACACGCAGACCACGUUAGUGCAUACGGAGCCCCGGCUGCUAAGGCUCAUAUUAGUGGCUACUGAUAGUUAGUUUAUGUCUUUGCAGUCCGACAGUAUCAAUUUUUUUUUUUUUUUGAUGGUGCAAAGGCACUUUAGAACUUUCCUUGAUGAGAGAAAAUGAUGUGAGUCUAAUCAGUCAUUUUCAUCCAUCAGUUACUAAUCACGCUGUUUCCAAAGUUAAUCAGAAGAGGAAUAAUUUUUGUACAGGAGGUGUGGUUUUUUUUUUUGCAUUAAGUGCAAAAGAUAGAAGAGAAUAAUUAGUUUUGCAUGUCAUGCUGACAUACUGAUGGCUGCUGAAGGAAGCUCCUUUUAGUCAAGUUUGCACUGUACAAUUUUGCUUUCUCAGACAACAAAAUCAGUGUAAUUAUUUGAUUAGAUUAUUUGAUUAAAAUCUCCGAGGGUGACCACUGCUACAGCGCUCAUCUAAAAGCCACAAAAAGAGGAAGAUGACAUGGGAUUACUCAAAACUCUCGGUACAGUUGCAAAUACAGUAGUGAACUGUCAGCAUGCUAAUGGACAUCUCAAGCUCGCGUCAACAAAUGUUUGUUUAUACAAACCUGUUUUGUGCACCGAUUGAAUACGUAACCACAAAGUAAUUUUUUUUUUUUUUAAUAAAUCUUGGGUCUAUACUUGGAGACUCUUCGUCCUACUGUAUAAACUGAAACAGAGAAGACAUUAUCACGCGAUCUGUUCUAGAAUUCAGGAUUAUUUUGUACACUGUGACAAGUAAUAAUCGUAAGACUGCUGAAAUCGCACAGACUUUGCUCACCUUAGCUGUCCAACAUUGUGAUGCGGAUACAUUCAGUAAUGCUUCAUUCCUCCACAACGAAGAAACGCAAAUAUAUCUGGACUAAUCAAGGAAACUGAUGGUUUGUCCAUUUAAUCUGUGCACAUUUUAAUGAUCUCAUUAUUACGCAAAAUGAUUGGAGGGCAGUUUUUACACAUGUGGUUUAUUAGGUUUAAAUAAUGUUUGUUCGUUUUGUGUUUUAAUUAAUUUUGCUCCCAUUACGCUCGAUGGAAUUGUAAUUAUUAGUCCAAGAUUGUAGUCCUUGUAAAUAUGAUGGUGAUGGAUUUAAUAAUGCAUCUUAACAACGCAGAGCUCCAAAGUAGUGCAAAGGUGUUUAUCUUAUCAUGUUUUGAACCCUGGAAUUGCAUAGAUAUCUGUUCCCUCAUGUCCAAUAGUGCAUAACUGGCUCUGCUCUUUAGGUGGGAAAAUGGCAUUUCUCCCACAUGUAGAGAAAUUGUCAUUAUCUUGUUUUGGUUAACAGAUAUCUGUGAGUUCAUGCAUGCAGAAGAGGGUAGUUCGAGCUUCCAUCUGAGCAUGACCAGCAGUUCAAAAAGAUGUAAUGGCUUCACAUAUCUUGGAUUAAGCACAUACAACCCAGACAAAAUGCACUCAAGAAGGAUCUAGUUUUACAGAAAGAAGCCAUUUGGCUGACAAAUGACCACAGACAUGUCCUAUAUGUCAUUGAGGAUAUUUCAUUUACUUGACACUAACUUCUUUAAACAAACUGUUUAAUAACCCUUCAAGAUUUUAUGUCAUGAUGAAUUUGCGUCCACUGUCUGUAAUAUGCACUGAAAAGCUCAUUGCGUCAUUAAAAUCCAAAUCUAAAGCUAAAUAUAAGUUUAUUUUCCCAUUAAAUGUUACACAGAACCGACCGUACCAUGCAGUUGGUCAAUCCAGUUGUGUCCAGCUAAGUAUACAAGACGUAUUAGAGCAACGGUGUCAAACAUACGGCCUACUGCCCAGACCCGAUCCGCAAAAGUUUCAGAUCAAGCCCGCCAAAAGAACUUAAAAUCCAUCUUCUAAAUUAAAAUAGUCUGAUGGACUGUAAUAGAAUUGAAAGAUGGGGGGAAGAGCCACUAGAGGAGGAAAAAAAAAGAGAGCAAUAAACUCCUUAACUCGGCUACUGGCAUCAUGUGCUCGUGAUAUAUAAUUCUUUAUUAACAAGUUAAAAUGGAUGCUCUAGCCAUCUCUUUCUAAAAGAAGAACUGGAGGGGAGAAUAGAAGAAGAACAACUUUAUUCAUCACACGUACACUUGUGAAAUUCCUCUCUGCAUUUAACCCAUCUGAAGCAGUGAACACACCCACACACACAAAGCAGUGGGCAGCCAUGCUACAGUGCCCAGGGAGCAGUCGUCUUGCUCAAGGGCACUCAGCCCAAGGCUGCACCAUGUUAACCUAACCACAUGCCUUUGGACU